UUCCACAUUUGGUGCUGACCACCUCACCCAAACUCGGAAGCUGAUAUUUGGUGUAUAGACUGCAGUGCGACCGAGAAUUUGUUUUCCCGGCUGUUUGUGGGCUCAUUCGCGCGUUCGUACUAUGGGACCUAAUGAAGCCAUUGUGUUUCAAAUACCCAGAUCCCGGCCCCCCGAGUAUAACUGUCCUACGUGGAUGCAUAGCUAGGCUGGUACCCAACGAUCGACAAGAUCGAAUGGUGGAUUCUCAAUGUACAGUACGAUUCCCAGGGCUGAGGUGGUGACAGGCCGUUCCCGUCCCUCGUGGCGACAGCUAAAGGUAGGGAUGCACAAAGCCGGGAGGUGUGCGACCGACUUGGACCCGCGAUGAUGGCUGUGGGGGUCCUGGACCUGGGACAACGUACAUGCGGGCAGGCCCCGUAUGCCUGCAGUAUUGUUGAUCGUCAUGUUGUAUGGUAUAAUAGCUUGAGAGUCUCCCAUCCACAUGCAUGGCUGUUGCUGGGUGUUGUCAAUUCCUGGAAAGUGAUCAGCGUGCCAGCCUACUAAAUUUCCCGGUGCCAGACCUAUACCUCAGCAAACCAAACAAUGUUUGGAACAUUAAACGUAGCGCAUGAUGUUCGGCAACAGACACCGUUAAAGUUUGUGGAGAACAAAGAUCUAUCAUCGGCACUGAGCCGAAACAGUCGAGAGAAACCUCAUAUCUCCUGCGAGUUUUGCAGGUCGAGAAAAGUUCGAUGCAGUGGUCAGCCCUCGGGUUGUAAUCGAUGCCAGGCUGUAGGAACCCAAUGCAGGUACCCUCCGCGUGAGCCACGACGGAAGAACCGAGCCGGAACUGGCGGUGACAACACUGGCACCAGCACCCAGUCCCAAAAGUCAAAGUCAGAUUCAAAGCCGUCGAAUGAGCAGGAUCAGGGUCUAAAGUUCAGCAAACGUGGAACAUCUGAAGAGGGAGACGGGUCAGCGCCAGGAGUCGACCCGCAACUUUUGGAUCAAGAGAUGAAGAGUAAUAGUUACUGGUACCAAGAGUUUGGCGGUCAUGGUCUGGCUACUCCCAUCUCACUGCACUCUGGUGAAGAACAAGGCAGUAAUGACAGACUGGACGACUGGUUGGACACCAACGGCAUUUUGGAGUCAGAGUUUCCCUCGAUCCCGGGAAGGGUGGACGAUUUCCACCAUUUCAAUACCGACAUGCUGAACUUUGGCACUGUGGAUAGUGGGAAUGACAAUUAUUUCGAUGCCCUCAAACAAUCAGCACCUACAACUCCGGCUCUUGUGAACUUCCCGGAUCACAUGGUCCUGUUCGAGGCCUCGGCCUCAAUUCCUGAAAGAAAUCCAUCCAACAAGAAUGCUUCCAACCACCAGGAAACGCUCAGGCAUCUAUCACCAUUGUCAUCAUGCCCAUCGAGCCACAAUCCUGCCACCCCACUGACUGCCGAAGAUACACAGAUGGCGAAUAUGGCCGAGUUAUCCGCGACGAGCGGCUCGUGUGGUUGUCUCCAGCUCGCAGCAUGUCUCCUUGAGGAGCUGGGUACAAAAGCGGCAGCAGGAGACCGUGACCGUGUUCGGAUGGAUGUCUUGUUGGGCGACUUCCGCGAUGCACUCACACAAUGCACUGACAUUCUUGAUUGCGAGCGCUGUGUUGAGGCACGGGAAAUCAACAUGCUCUUGGCCAUGUCUGCAAAAUACACGAGCACAAUGUGCCAACGAUUGGCAGUAUGUUAUGCAGACCUCAAGCGAGCCCGGGGCUCGGAGAAAGAUGGUGGGGGAGUGGCGGACUUGAGGUUCUCGACGUACCAGAUCGAAAGUCUCAAGGAGCAAGUCGAGGUGCUUGGCUGUCUUGUGAUGGUCCAGAUAGACGACUUUGCGCAGAUAAUCGCGAGGUUGAAGACACGCCCGGGCAUUCGGAAGGGACACUUGACGCUGCUGGCGGAGGCGAGGAACAAGGUCAACGCCUUGCAGGUCUUGUUGCGUGGAAGACAGGAUAGUUCGUUUGUGAACAGUGUAAAUAAUAGGUAUUAGAGCAGAUACCUAUCAACGACGCGGUCUUGCUG